AGCGCGUGUACUCGAGGGAAGAGAAUCAAAAAGCUUCGAAAAUUACAUAAUAGGAGACUGUGUUAAUCAUUCGUUUGAUUCUUGCCCCCUUUCCUUCGCGAUAAGGCCCACUGUUAAAGGGACUCACUGCCAACAUCAAGCGUGGCUGUUUGUUUCGAAAGCGUACACCCCUAACCAUGGCGGACUGGUACGGUAAUAAUCUAUCAAAACGAUAUAUCGUGACGUUUUAAACUGUCAAAUACGAAUAACCGAUACAUCAAGCUUGAACGUGUCUCGUGAAAGUCGUGAUAUAGGGAUUUUUCACCUACAUGCCGGAGCUUGCGUGGCAGUUUCGAGGAAAACGAGAGGGACAGUUUUGGCGCGUGUGUCUUUUAUCUUCAUGAAAAGCUCGUGUAACUGGUGUGUCUCUAAUUUUCAAUCUUCCAUUUUUCAAUCAACAUAAACGACGUGCUGUAACGGAAAAGCGUGACAUCCUGUACCCAUCGUGGGACAUCUAACCCUAACGGAUAUAAACAAACGUUAUCGCGAAUGCUUGAAAGAUCAUAUCCGUCUAAACAACAUCAAGAGGCAAGUAAAAACAAGUGAACCUGUGAAUAAUUUUCAUGAAAAACUGAGGAAAGGUGACACGAUCUAGGAACUUUUUUGGAUAUCUGCUAUCGCUGGCGGCGCGGUGGUUACGGACGGAGAAAAGCGAAGUGACGGUUUUGGCGCGCGUACUCGACUCCUGUAUACGACCGGCAGAUGGCCGGUGCGCCGGUACGUUAUACGCGCGCGUCCACGAACGCACCGACACAUGACAGGCGCCUAAGCACGUACUACCACCAUGACAGAGACGCGUUCAAGAGUAUAUCGAGUCAGUGGUAGAAGGCCACUACCACAUUGACACUGAGCGUUGGUGAGAGCGCAGUAGAGCGCACGGACACGCGGUUCGGUGUUACUACUACCGGUACAGACGGGUCUAUCUGCCUCGUAGCCCGAGCCAGUUGCCAGCGCGCCAGCUAGCCCCGUCCAUCCAAUCGCCCAGCUCACGAGCCGGCCUCGUGUGCGCGCGCGACACCCCGACAGAAAAGGUUCGUUUUCCUCGCCGGUGGCUCGACCGAUCAUGUCGAGGCGGGGCUUAUCGUGAACUUUAGAGCCUAUACAUUCCUUGGAAGCUGAAAACACGGCGAACGCACGUACAGUUUCGGCCUUUUACGCACGAUUAUUUCGGGUCCCCAGUCUACUACUGCUGCUGCUGCUGCUGCUGCUGCUGCUGGUGCUGGUGCUUGGUUGUCGUUCCUAUUGCUGAGAUCGGCCCUGCAGAAAAUGGAUACCGCACCAGUACGGUAGAGAGACAGAACGAAGCAGAUAUAUAGAAAAACGAGCGUGAAAGAGAAAGAAAGAGAGAGAAAGUGUGUGUGUGUGAAAUAAAGGCCACGCAACUACUACGACUACGACGAGGACAACGACAACCGUUUAUAAGUUGGGAAAGAAGGACAGAGGGAGAGAAAACGAGCGAGGGCGAGAGAAUAGUAAAUCAUAUGUACGAAGUGUGUAUAUAAUAUACCAAAGCGAAAAAGCAAGAGAAACAUUUCGUGCACGGGCUAGCCUCGGAAGACCGGGUUAGGAGAAGCCUCGUCGUCUGGUCGUUUCCCCAGACGAACACGUUUCCUUGUCCUGUCAUCGACAGGCCUACAGUGAAAAUUCCAUCUAGAAAUAUCGGCAACGCGACGACAACGAUCACGACCACGACGGCGACGUAUUUGCCUCUAUCGAGGAGGCACGGAUAUGCCUCGCUCGUCGGCGCUGUGACACGCGCCGCGCCGUGUGCUGGCUGAACCUCCCGGAAGAGAGCGUGGGCCUUCGUCUCAAAAUACUGUGCAGUUUCUACCGCACGCUCGAGAGCCAAGUUCUCCUAAACAAUAAAGAUGCCUCGAGUAAGGAGACAAGUGGUCUUGGAAGAUCCUGCCAGGCCUGUCACACCAGACAUGGUGGAAACUAAAUUAUUGAAACAAGAGUUUUUGGACGAUGGCUCUUUGGAUGAAGUUCAAGCACAAAAAGUGGCUGAAGAAACACCAAGUCCUCAUCUUCAAGACCAUCAAUAUGGACAAACACCUUGUUAUCAAGUAACAAGGAAACCUACACAACCACCACCACGAACUGAACAAAUAUCAGUUCAAGCAGUGAAACGAAGACUGAAUCUGGAAAUGGGAACUACCGGCCCUAGCCAAUCUGCCUUCAAAGCCCCCAGAGGCAAACGUAGGAGAUCUGGAUCAAGUUCUCUGGCUGGCCACACUCCUACAAAAAGUAAAACGGUAGAAAGAACGCGGUACGAUACAUCACUGAGCUUACUUACAAAAAAGUUCAUACAUUUAGUCGAGAGCAGUCAAGACGGUGUUGUAGAUUUAAAUGUAGCGUCUGAAAAAUUAGAAGUACAGAAACGUCGUAUAUACGACAUUACGAAUGUAUUGGAAGGCAUAGGUAUUUUGGAGAAGAAAAGUAAAAACAAUAUACAAUGGAAAGGUGGUCAGUUACCAAACGAUAGGAAUGAUAUCGCUGAUCUCAGAAGGGAAGUGGCAGAUUUAGAAGCUAAGGAAAAUACGUUGGAUCGAUUGAUUCAUGGCGCAGACAAAAAUCUUAGGGAGCUCUGUGCAGACAGACAAUACGCUUAUGUAACGUAUCACGAUUUACGUUCUGUCCCAAUGUACAAAGACCAGGCUAUAAUGGCAGUAAAAGCUCCGCCAGAGGCCACACUUCAUGUUCCACAACCUAUCAAUAACCUUGGUCAGCAAAAGCUUCAAAUGCACAUGAGGUCAUCUCAUGGCGAGAUAGAGGUGUUCCUCUGCCCUGAUGAUCCUACAGUCAAAACGUCUCCCAAUCCGGGUUACACGACGACGCAACCUGUGCCUUCGUCAAAAGAAUCCGAAAUACCUUGUCUGCCUCCUGAACUUCUAACCAAUGAAGAAAGCGGGGUUCGGGUUGAACCAGUACCUUCUGUCGAGAGUUCGUUGAAUACUCGUUUGUCCACACCGGUUAUAUCUGCAGUUACCAGUUUAGCAGGCAUGAGGGACGCACUUUUGUGUGAAUCUGAUGAUUAUGGACCAAUGGGUGGAGGCAAAUUCCAACUCCAAACGGAGGAUCAAAUUAGCACUUCAGAUCUAAGUAUUCUUGAUUUCGGUGAACACCUGCUGUCUCUGGAACCGCCUCUUUCCGAAAACGACUAUUCGUUCGCGUUAGGCACGGAGGAGGGACUUUCGGAUCUCUUUGAUUUCAAAUUCUAAAGGAUAUCGUCCUAAUCGUCGUCGUCGUGACACGCAAUACACGCAAAGACCCCUGUCUUUUUUGGACUACCACUCUGAGUUCGCCUCCUUAGUAUUCGAACGGAUAGAGAUCACUUGGUUAAUCCAAUGAUACCAGCGCUUUCGUAUCGAUUGACAAUUUUUGUUUUAUUAACUUCAAAGGGAACGAUCGAGCAGAAAACGUAGCGCACGAAUCAUCCAUCGGCCCAUUAUACGAAUUGGGAUAAAAAUAAGGAAGAUAUAAGGAACAGGGAUACUCCGACAAUUAUGUUUCAGACGCGAUCAAAUUCACGUUACAAUGAAGAUCGACACGUUGCUCUGACAAUUUUUUUUAUCGAUAAUAAAUAAUUCUGCUUCUUAGGUAGUUUUUGUAAAGACGAAGAAAGAUGGACACGUGUGUAAAUAUAUUAAAAGGUAUACAGAUAGAACGUGUUAUUCGAGUACCGAAUAGUAUUUUAUCAAAGGUGUGUUUCACUAGCGGUGAUUUUUCCUUUUUUUUUCUUUUUUUCCUUUUUUUUUUUUUUAAACAGUUUCCGCGAGAGAUCAAUUGCACAUAGUUGUUAUCACGGUCGGUCCGUAAGUUUCGAAAUUCGGCCUGUGCGAGGAUAAGAAAGGUAUCCAAUAAACGGAGAUUGGGGUGGGGAUAGGGUGGGGGGAUUAACAUAUCAUGAUAAUGUUGAACGCGCGCGGUGAAGUACUUCCAGCUUGAUACGGUCGCGGCCGAUUGAGUUUAGGGGAUUAAUAAGUUAGUAAAACAGCCCUGGUGGAGUUGAAGCGCCGCUUUCUUGUGCAAUGUGUGUACUAAUAUUGUAAAUGAUGCAAGAGUAUGAAGACUAGUUGUGAAAAAAAAACGAUUGAUACAGGAGGAAGAAGAUAUAUUUGAAGUUUCAAAGAGAGGAGAGACUGGUACGAACAACUACGAUGUUUCCCUUUUUCUUUUGUUUCUUUCUAUGGUUAAUUAAUCGAAUUGUAUAAAAUGAAAAAUUAUUAUUAUUAUUAGAAUCGAUAGCGUAUGAAAAGAAGAAGAAAAUAGUUUCGAUGAAAGAAGAUCCCUCCUAGAAUAAUGUUUCUAUCGAUAUAUAUAAUUGAAAAGAUAAGAGCCACGGAAAAAACGUUUUCCGGGCGGUCGCCUUUCUCUUGUCACUUGGACUGACUGAUUGUUCUCUUUUUUCUAAAUCGUGCGCUUUUACCGCCGAGAGACCGCCGUCCGGAAUGGUCGAACUGUAAUUAUUAAAAUAUUUGUCGAGGCGAUCGAUGCGUACAGUAGGCUUUAUCGACGAAGAAAUCGUUUGUAAAAAGAGAAAAUGAUGACAAAAAAACGGAGUGAAAGGGAGAGAGAGUAAGAGACGAAGAAGAUGAAAAGCGCGAGCGGCUGAAGGCAUAGUUUUUAUUCUAUAUACUUUUGUAAUCGGUCGAAUUUUCUGAAUAGAGAGCGACAAUUUGUACAGUUUGAUGCAUGAAGAAAAAAAAAAAAAGAAAAGUAUAUCUAUAAUAAUUGAAUUUAUCUAUCGGUGCGGAUGAAGAACAUUUUAUGACAUGUAAAAAAAAAAAAAAAAAUACACACAUAACGAACACGUACAUAUAUGAAACAUUAUCAUCUUACAGUACGAUCCUACGGAAAAAAAUAUUAUUCAUAUUCUGGCUAAUAGAUCAUGAUCAUCGUGUUGAAUCAUCGUCGUGUUGGAUUAGCUUCUUUGACGAUGUCGUAGCGAACACGGAGACGAACUCGAGCGUACGGUGGGAAAGAUGGAGGAUAGGAAGCAGAGGAAGAAUCGUGUAAAAGCAGAAAACCUUAAGGCGUAUCGUUGUAUGCAAACGCACGUAUAUUUAAUUCGAGUCGUAACGAUAAAGAACGUUUAAGAUUCUUUUUCAGGAUACAGUGUUAUUCUGAACCUGAUAUAUAAGAGAAAAGGGAUUUUUCGAAGAGAAUUUUGCGCCAGUGUCAGCCUUGACUUCUGCCGCGUGAAACGGCGUGGAAAAAAAGAAAGAAAGUUUGAAAGAGUCGGUGUUUCAGUGAAAAAUUUGAUUAAGUACGAGGGAGGAUCAAGAUGACGAAUAUUUGUUCCUUGAGGAAGUCGAGAGCGCAUUGGAGGGAAUUGUCUCAACUGGAAAUCUCUUAAGGAUGUACCCUAAACGUACAACUUACAAUUAGUGUACGUCCAAAGCCAUAGUGCCUACACAAUAAUGAUCACACCCUUCUGCAAAUGAACUGUAAAUAAUUUACAUACUAUACAAAAAUAUAUGAAUAUAUAUAUAUAUAUAUUAUAUAUAUAUACAUACACACAGACAGGCAAAAUGUAAGAACGUGACGACUCCGAUGGACAAAAACGGAAAUAAUAGAGAAAGAAAAACCGGAUGCUGCGGACACCUCAUUGCGAUUAUCACGAUAUAUCGAUUAGUUAGUUUUAAUUACGAUUAAUAAUUAAUUAUUGAUACAUUACACGAGGAAAAUGUUAGUUUAUAAAUUCACUUAUUAUAUAUAUAUUAUAUAUAUAUAUAUAUAUAUAUAUAUGUACGAUGUAUAUGUAUAUGUAAUAAGUACAUAUGUUUUAUAGUCAAGCGAAUAUUGUGCAGAAUAAUCGCUGGAUUCCGAUUACUUGCAAAACUAGGAAACUUGUUUUCUCUUUUUUUUAAAAAAGUAUAGAAACGCGAAAUGUUUCUCCUAGCUAGCUGUACGUGUAUUUAUUUCAACGAAUAACUGCUCAUUUUUCAGAGCAAAAGAGAAGCUAUUAAAUAUAACUUUCCCUCUUGUCGUUUUACCGUCGAAUGAAAUAAAUAAGAUGAAAAUCCUUGGAUACCAUUAUUUUGCACAAUGUUCGUAGCGCGCAAUACCUGUCUGCAACAGAGAGGGUUGUAUUAGUUUCGUUUCUCGUUUCUUUUUCUUUCUUUUUUCUUUUUAUUAAAUUGAUGGUAUCGUGCUUUUUUCAUACGCAUCGUGCAACGAGAGGGUAAGCAAAAGGGAGAAAAAGAAAAACAAAGGGAAGAAGAAAAAGAAGAAGAAGAAGAAGAAGAAGAAAACGUGAAUCGAGAGAGUGCGUGAGCGUGUGUGAAUGGACGUGAUGAUCGAAUGAUGAUAAUUGAUACGAAUGUUCGAUGGUCGACGGUUCGAUUAACGAUCCCGACACACCAGUGAGAAGUUGCGAUAUUUUCUACCUGAAUGUUUGCGGGGAUCUCGGCGAAGUCUGAGCGCGUCCGGGAUUUUAAGAAGUGUAAUAAUAAUGGUUUAUUGAUAUUGUAUUUUUUAUUCUGUUCGAAGAAGGGCUACGUUGUAAAAAAAAAAACACAUCGAUUACAAGAAAAAAGAAAAAGAAAAAAGCUACGAAUAACGUUGUGACGUUUUCAGACUUACCGGGAUCUGUUUACAAUAACUUAUCGCGAAGAUGGCAGUCCAUCGUUUUUCAUUUUUUAAACUCGAUUAUUCGUGAAAAAAGAAAUUUCUGGCUCGCUUCUGGCAGUCUGUCGAAUAAGACGCUUCUCGUAUUUUACAAUGGAUAACAGAGCCUUUCCUCAAUUCUUUUUUCUUUUCUAUUUUCGUUUAGUGGCAGUUUUAUGAUCUUCGCUUAACGCGAUCUAACUCGGCCCUAAGCAUCGAGAAUAAAUUAUUAUUGUUGUUAGCGGCGAGCAACAACGACGAUUCGAUUAUUUAAAUUAUCAAAGGAAACGUAAAAAAAGGAAUAUAAUAGAAACGCGUUGCUUUAGAUAUUCUUCUAUAGAUAUUUCUUUUGGAAUUCGUUCGAUUCUAAUUCGUCGAUGAUUUUUUUCAUCGCUAUUCGCGUGCACGCAUGAUACACGCAAGCAAAUACACUUUUCUACGAAUGUAUUUGAGAGACUGUUCAGAAAUAUUGCUGAAAAAAGUACAGAAAUUAAUUCUGAUCGAUUGUCUUAGAAAGAAAAAAAAAAAAAAUUGAGCGAUGUACGUACCAAUACGACGAAUGAGAAUUUUGUCACAUUUUACGGGCAUGACCCGUCGAACAGUAAAAACAAGACGAAAAAAUGAAGAAGAAGUUACAAAAUAUAACCUUGUGUAACGUCAUAGGGAGAUGUGAUGUUUUUAAUUUUCCACAACCUUUGUGUUUUGCUUAUCACGCCUUAUUAGACGAAAAAUUAUAGUUUUCAUUUACCUUGUUAUAUACAUAUAUAAAGCAGUAAGAGGAUGUAUUUAUUUUUUCGAAUCGGCAUUUCCGUUGUUCGACGUUAAACACUCGUUGCUCGACUGGAUUUUAAUUGCUACUGUAUAUAAUUUUGCACCAGAAAAUUCGUUCGUAAAAGUUGUAUACAAGUUCUAAAUGUCUAUAUCAAAAUAACGAAUAAUGUAGCAGAAGAAAUAUUUUUAUGUACGUUUAAUACGUAUAACGGUAUGAGAAAAUAAAGUAUCAAAACUUGA